AUGCCCCUCUGGCUCAUCUACCACCCCCCAACCGCCUACACCGACCCCUCCGCCAAAGACGCCCUCGUCAAGACCAUUACCUCCGUCUACACAACCUUUGGCCUGCCCGCCUUCUACGUCGUCGUCAACUUCAUCCAGGUGCCCCUCGAGAACACCUACAUCGGGGGCGUCACCCGCUCGGCCUCGGACCGGCCCUUUGUCCGCCUGGCGGCCGACCACAUCGCGCACAACUUCCCCCGCGACGACGACAAGGCCAUCCGCGCCGCGGGCAACACGUUCCGGGACGUGCUGGCGCCGCGGAUGGCGGAGCUGGGGUACGACUGGGAGUUUCACAUUGCCGAGACGGACAGGCGGCUGUGGAAGAUUAACGGGCUGACGCCGCCCGAGAGGGAGACGGAGGGGGAGAGGUUGUGGAUCGAGGUGAACAAGCCGGUGCCUUAUGAGUGA